CAUCUGUGACAACACGGAUAAACCAAGAGGACAUUAUGCUAAGUGAGAGAAGCCAGGAACAGAAAGACAAAUACAAAUAUCACAUAAGUGGUAUUUGUGGAAUCUAAAAAAGUCUAACUCUUAAGAGGCAGAGAAUGGUGUUUACCAGAGACUGAAAAAUGGGGGAAAGGGAGAUAUUAAUUAAAGGAGGACAAAAUUUCAGUUAGUUAGCAGGAACAAACUUUAGUAAUCUAUUGCACAGAAUAGCAACUACAUAAAUAAUGUGUUGUAUGUUUCAAAAUUGCUCAAAGAGUAGAUUUUAAAUGUUUUCACCACAAAAAAGUGACGUGACAGAUUUAAUUAGCUUGACUUAAUCAUUUCACAUUGUAAACAUAGAUCAAAACAGCAUAUUGUACUCUAUCAGUAUAUAAAACAUACAAUUAAUAUUUGUCCAUUCUUUAAAAGUUACUUUUCUCAUACCUUAUAACAAGGCUGGACCUCCUCAGGGGACACAGAGCAGAGUCCCCGCCCUCGGGAGCUCAUACCCGAUCCCCCACGCUCGCCCUCGCGGCCACACCUUGAACCCCCUCCCCGACCGGCUCUACACUCAACCAGCCCGAGGCUUCCGGCAGCUCCGAGUUCGGAUUCCCCUUCUCAGCCUUCUGUGGUCACUGAAACCCUCAGGACUCCGAGGACAAGUCGAACAUGGCUUCGCCUCAGCCAUCUUCGCCAGCGCAGUAAGUCUCUGUGUCUGCGCACUCCGGGUAGAGGGAAGAUUAAACCCUCCGGGAGCCAGCGUCCGGCGGUGCCUGCAAUCUAACCGGGAUUUGGGGUUCCGAGACACUUUUCCCACAAGCCACCGCCGUCAUGGAUCUUUAGGCUUAAACUACAUUUCCCAGAGGGCAACGGGAACACCCAAUCUAUGGCUUCCCUUCCGUUUUCGCGUGGUUCUUUUGCAAGCUCUGGAUUCUCUGGAGUUUGAAUGUUUCCGGUAUUGGAACCCCACCGAGUAGGACUGAUCAGGUCUUACAGUUCUAAAACCAUGACCUGUUUUCAGGAAUUAGUGACAUUCAGGGAUGUGGCCAUAGACUUCUCUCAGCAGGAGUGGGAAUACCUGGACCCUAAUCAGAGGGACUUAUACAGGGAUGUGAUGUUGGAGAACUACAGAAACCUGGUCUCACUGGGAGGACAUUCCAUUUCUAAACCGGUUGUGGUGGACUUACUGGAGCAAGGAAAAGAGCCCUGGAUGAUUUUGAGGGAAGAAACACAGUUCACAGAUUUGGAUUUACAGUGUGAGAUAAUCAGCUACAUAGAAGUACCCACUUAUGAAACAGGUAUAUCCUCUGUACAACUUCAGAGCAUAUAUAAGAGAGAGAAACUCUAUGAAUGUAAGAAGUGUCAGAAGAAAUUCAGUAGUGGUUAUCAACUUAUUCUACAUCACAAGUUUCAUAUUAUUGAGAGACCCUAUGAAUGCAAAGAGUGUGGGGAGAACUUUCGUAGUGGUUAUCAACUUACUCUCCAUCAACGAUUUCAUACUGGUGAGAAACCCUAUGAAUGUACAGAAUGUGGGAAGAACUUUAAAAGUGGUUAUCAGCUGACUGUGCAUCAGAGAUUUCAUACUGGUGAGAAGACCUAUGAAUGUAGGCAAUGUGGGAAGGCCUUUAUAUAUGCUUCACACAUUGCUCAACAUGAGAGAAUUCACACUGGUGGGAAGCCUUAUGAAUGUCAGGAGUGUGGGAAGGCCUUUAGUCAAGGUGGACACCUUAGAAUUCAUCAGAGAGUUCAUACUGGCGAAAAACCAUAUAAAUGUAAGGAAUGUGGGAAGACUUUUAGUAGGCGCUCAAAUCUUGUUGAACAUGGGCAGAUUCAUACUGAUGAGAAGCCAUACGUAUGUGAGAAAUGUGGAAAAGCCUUUAGAAGAUGUCACCAACUUACUGUACAUCAGAGUGUUCACACUGGUAAAAAGCCAUAUGAGUGUAAAGAAUGUGGGAAGGGCUAUACGACUGCCUCAUACUUUCUUCUACAUCAGAGAAUUCAUAAAGGUGGAAAACCCUAUGAAUGUAAGGAGUGUAAGAAAACCUUUACUUUGUAUAGAAAUCUUACUCGGCAUCAGAAUAUUCAUACUGGUGAGAAACUUUUUGAAUGCAAGCAAUGUGGGAAGACCUAUACUACUGGUUCAAAACUCUUUCAACAUCAGAAAACUCAUACUGGCGAGAAACCCUAUGAAUGCAAGGAAUGUGGAAAGGCCUUUACCUUGUAUGGCUACCUUAAACAACAUCAGAAAAUUCAUACUGGCAUGAAACACUUUGAAUGUAAGGACUGUAAGAAAACCUUUACUUUGUAUAGAAAUCUGACUCGACAUCAGAAUAUUCACACUGGUAAGAAACUUUUUGAAUGUCAGGAAUGUGGGAAGGCCUAUAGUACUGGCUCAAACCUUAUUCAACAUCAGAAAAUUCAUACUGGUGAGAAACCCUAUGAAUGUAAGGAAUGUGGAAAGACCUUUAGCUUGCAUGGAUAUCUUAAUCAACAUCAGAAAAUUCAUACUGGUGUGAAACCCUAUGAAUGUAAGGUAUGUAGAAAAACCUUUACUUUCUAUAGAAAUCUUACUCUACAUCAAAGUAUUCAUACUGAUGAGAAACCUUUUGAAUGUAAGGAAUGUGGGAAGACCUUUAGACGUACUUCACACCUUACUGCACAUCAGAGCAUUCAUGCUGAUAAAAAACCCUAUGAAUGUAAAGAAUGUGGAAAGGCCUUUAAAAUGUAUGGCUACCUUACACAACAUCAGAAAAUUCAUACUGGUGGAAAACCUUAUGAAUGUAAAGAAUGUGGGAAGGCCUUCAGUCGUGCUUCAAACCUUGUUCAACAUGAGAGAAUUCAUACUGGUGAGAAACCCUAUGUGUGUAAGCAGUGUGGGAAAACCUUCAGAUAUGGUUCAGCCCUUAAAGCCCAUCACGGAAUUCAUAGGAGCACAAAAAUCUAAGACCAUAAAGAGUACGAGCUCGCCAUUCACCAUCAGACAGUCCACACUGGUGAGAAAUGAUGGAAUGUUAGUCUUACAGGUAUGGCUUUAGCAAUUGAGAGAGUUCAAAAUGCAGUUCUUGCCACAUUAGAAAGCAUUCGAUGUUGACAUUUUAAUGGAACAUCUGACUGUUCAAUGGUAAAUUAA